AUGGCCACCUCUGUCACCAACCAGCAGAUCGACGACGCCCUCAAGGAGGCCGGCCUCAUCGGUUCGAGCGUCAUCCCGUCGACCUUCAAGAACCAGAUCGCGGUCCAGGCGACGUACGGCGCGUUCGGCAACGUCCAGCCCGGGUCGACCUACUCGGUCGCCGACACCCAGGCCGAGCCGACCAUCUCGUUCAACGCGCCGCCCGGGCCCGACUCGCGCUUCACGGUCGUCGUCGCCGACCCGGACGCGCCCUCGAGGGACGACCAAAAGUGGUCGCCGUUCCUCCACUUUGUGCUCGCCGAAGUCGUGCCGGGCAAGGAGGCGGGCCAGAGUGUCGUCACGUACAUGGGCCCGGCACCGCCGCAGGGCACCGGCCCGCACCGCUACGCCAUCCUCGUGUACGCCCAGGCCGUCGACCACACGCCCGAGCUCCCCGGCCAGCCCGACGACCGUCAGAGCUUCCCGCUCGGCCAGUUUGUCAAGGACAACCAGCUCGACCUCGUCGGCGCGACCUUCUUCUACGCCGAGAACAAGUAG